UUUAUAACACCCGUGUACGGAACAGAACAGGCGGACAAGACCGUGGCCGGUUGUUGUUAUCGCCUUACCACACGGCAACACAGGGAUGCGAUGUGAGACACCCCGCGAGGCUCGGACAGCGCAGUUGAACCGGUCAAACCGACUGUGGACUUACCAGCAGCAACGACUUGACUGACUUCAGAUUAAAAAAACAAAAAAACAACAACCCUGCGAUGUUUUCACAUUUCCCAGUGUCCUGAUAACUGCAGCUUUCAACCCAAAGCAGCAGCACUUGAUUGAGCUACCACGGCGAGUCACAAAAAUAUAGCCUUCAAACUCCAGCUCAACAAACAGACAUCAUGUCUUCCAGGGAGCGUCGGUCAGACGUCUACAUAAAGGCAGAACCGAGCAGUCCAGAAGGAGGUGGGGGAGGUCGGACCAGCCCUGGCGGGGCCUCCUCAGACUCCUCUCAAAGUGGCGGUGGAGGAACCAGAGGAGACGGCGUUAAGCGGUACUCCCCGCCACUCUACACACCGGCUCUGCGUUGCCACUUCAAAGACGAGGGUGGAGAUGGAGCGGAGGAGGGCUCCACCGGAAAUGGAGCAGGGCGAUGCAAGUACGCCCUCAGCACGUUGCCGAAGAGGCUGUGUUUAGUAUGCGGGGACGUGGCCUCUGGGUACCACUACGGCGUGGCGUCAUGUGAGGCCUGCAAAGCUUUCUUCAAGAGAACCAUUCAAGGUAACAUUGAAUACAGCUGUCCAGCAUCGAAUGAGUGUGAGAUCACCAAGAGGCGCAGAAAGGCUUGUCAAGCAUGCCGCUUCACCAAGUGCCUCAAAGUAGGCAUGCUGAAAGAGGGAGUUCGUCUUGACAGGGUCAGAGGUGGAAGACAGAAGUACAAAAGACGCCCAGAAGUGGAGAAUGCAACAUACCAGAGUGCCCCUCUACCACUAACAAAGGAGAGUGAAAAAGGUUCCUCCAACAUCAUUGUGUCCCACCUUCUAGUGGCAGAGCCAGAGAAGUUAUUUGCCAUGCCGGACCCUCUGCAGCCUGACACAGCUCAGCGCACGCUCACCACCCUUUGUGACCUUGCUGACCGGGAGCUGGUCGUCAUCAUUGGCUGGGCCAAGCACAUUCCUGGCUUCCUGUCGCUGUCCCUAGCAGACCAGAUGUCCGUGCUGCAGUCAGUGUGGCUGGAGGUGCUGGUGCUGGGUGUAGCAUACCGCUCGCUUGGCUGCGAGGAUGAAGUGGUGUUCGCAGAGGAUUUUGUCCUUGAUGAGGAGAUGUCACGUGUCGCUGGACUGACCGAGCUAAACGCUGCAAUUAGUCAACUUGCUCGCCGCUUCCGGUCGCUAAACGUGGAUCGGGAGGAGUUUGUCAUGCUUAAAGCCAUCGCACUCACUAACUCGGACUCUGUUUACAUCGAGGACAUGGAGGCUGUGCAGAAGCUGCGGGACCUCCUCCACCAGGCCCUGCUGGAGCUGGAAUGUCAGCGGCGCCCGGACGACUCCCAGCGCACAGGACGCCUCCUUUUAACAUUGCCUCUUCUCCGACAGACUGCUGGUCGUGCUCUUACCACCUUCUACAGCAUCAAGACCCGUGGUGGUGUACCCAUGCACAAACUAUUCCUGGAGAUGCUGGAAGCCAUGAUGGACUCUCCCUAGAGUAGAGAGCAGCAGCAAAUAGGAUGCAUAGAAAGACCCAAGGGAGAUCUAGUCUUCAAGAGUGGAUGUGUGGUUUGUGAGAAAUGAAAGAUUUUAUUAGAGAAUUCAUAUUGGGGAAAAUUGUCCUUUUUUUUCCCUUUUUCCAUAGGCUAUACAUGAAGAAAGGAAAAUAUUAUGAAAAAAGUAAACGCUGAUGCAUUCAUGUCCCUAAGUGGGAAUUGGUUAUUUGCAGUAAGACUUUGGUAAAGGGCUCCAAGAGUGAUAACAUCUAACACGAAUUUCAGAGUACUUCUCAGUUUCAACCAUUUUCACGGUGAGAUCCAUCACAGCAUUGAUCUGCAGUUGCAUAACCACUGAAGAAAAAACAUUUAGGUACCCAAGAAAAGACCCAGAACAUGUGGCUUUUGAACUUUUUAAAACAACACCUACUCAUGAAAGCCAUAAUAAUGUACUGGGCAAAAGACAGAUUAACACGCACAUGGAGUGCUUGUAUUUACUAUAGUCUAGUGUGCCGACGAGGCAAAUUCAUAGGAAUUACUUGCAAUAUGUUAAAAGCAAUAUAAUGACUCGAUUGUUGUCUGUCACAUUUAAAAUGUGGAUAAAAUGGUGAGACAUCUAGUUAUUUGUGUGUAUAUCUGUAGUUUUCCACUCUCAGGACCCCAAGUGCUGAUUUCUGAAAUUCUUGCUGCUAGUAGAGAGUGGUUUGGGUCAGGGGAUGCCAGGUGAGUAGAUUUAAAACACUAGCAAGAGAAAAAUAAACACCAGCACUUUUGGGGUUAAAUGCCGGAGUUGGGAACCACUGAUGUACAUGGUAGGUGCAGGAUUCUUUAUAAGGUUGUGCAGUUGAUUUGUAGUCCAGGAGAAGUGCAUAUAAAGAUUGUGUAGAAUGCCGUACUUGGAAGGUACUUUAUUCAGUGUUGUACGUAAAUCCUAUUGGCACACAUAAAACUGGCUUCCAUGCAAGCAAGCGUGUGCAUCUGUGUGCAGUCCAAACCAAUGAGCUGCACUGAGAUCAGGGAAGAAUGCAACUCUUUCACAAUAAAGCGCAACAAUAGUGGUCAGAAAAGAAACGCAUAGGCCUCAUCUGCUUUUUUAUACUGUCCACCACUAGAUCUAACCACUGUUUUGACUUCUGCAGCUGUGCUGUUAAAAAAAGACAGGUCUGACCUAUUUGAUUUGUGGGCUAUGACACUUAUCCAUAUGAUUGAUAGGUGAUGGUGAGAUUUCGCUGCAUUUUCCGCAGUCAUGAAGAGCUUUGCAUAAAAGAUCCCAAUUGUUUGGAUGACAGAUCCCUCCUUUGUAUAUGUACAUCUGUUGAACUUAAACCUGCAAGUGUCCGUUAUGGGCUCAGGACAAGAGAUGCAACAUAUGCAACAUCCUCCUUUUGGAGGUUGAAACCUUGUCAGAAAAAAAACAACAUCCUGAAAGCUCAGCAGGUUUGGAAAGGUUCAAUAGAAAUGAUCAAUAUAGUAAGCUUCACAUGCAAUGCAAGGCUACAGUAUCUGAUGUCAAAAUCAGAUCAGAAUAUUUAGUGGCCAAAAGGCCAUUAAUCGUUCAGCCAUGUACAGUUCCAUUUAAAUAAACAAACAUGCAAUUUAUAGUGGAAGACAAUAAAGCCAGCAAAUGUGAUACAAAUUCCCCAUUACAAUUAUAUUUGUGCAGCUUACAGUGUUCUGAAAUUUGUAAAGACUUGAAACUUGCUUUUUCAUACAUUUUCCUUUCUAGGAUUUAAGGGUAUUUUAUUUACAUUGUGACACUGUUGUGGGUUUGGUAUUGAAAUGAAGCUUUCCAUUCAGGAUAAUAUAAAUAUACUAAUUGGUUUUUUUUGUAAGCAGUUGUCUAUUUUCUGAAUCUGAUUGUCAUUUUAGGGAUCAAUUUACAUGGCUCUAUAGAUUUAGGGGCACGGUGAGGCUACAGAGGGCUACCUCAGGAGGCAGAGCAAGCCAGACGGCCAUAUUACUGUGGAGACAAAUGUAAUGCUUGAUCUUUUGAUUUGUAAACUUAAAUUUGAGCAUUGGGUUCAUUGAAUGUCUUUGCAGUUUGCUAAAAACACCUGAGAUCAUUUAUUUCUUUGUUUUCAUAUAGUUUAUGGCUCAUUAAUCAUGCUUUACAGCUUACGUGUUCCUGUUAUCUAGCAAACAAAUAAAUAUAAAUGCCUGGGUCGAGGUAGAGCUGUUAACGUUUCUUCAUAUUGACUUGGCCAUUUACACAAUGGAAGCUUUUUCAUUAGCAUACAGAUAUGUUUUAGGUACGGUGGGUUUCGGAGGAAGGCAGGUUCAUUUACAGUGUCACUGUUAAAAUAAUACAGUCAUUUGUAGUUUUAUUAAAUAUGUGCGCAUUAAUAUAAAUGAGCAAUACAAUAAAUUACCAAACCUCACACAUUUCCUUGUAUAGCCACAGUGUACAUUUAACAUAGCCAGUUAUAAUGAAGAAUAGCUACUAAACGUUAUAUUAUUUAGAAGUUCAAAUCAAUGUUUGUAUUUUGAAAGACUAUUUAAAUGAUUAAAUUCUAUUUUUUACUCAAUUUACUGUUGUUUGUUGACACUGCUUUGUUUUUGCGUGUGAUAUUGGAUGUGAAUUUCUGUGUGUAGAUUUUUUCUUUUUUCUUUUUCAUUUAGAUAAAACAGUUUGAUGUCCUUGUCUAAACAUGUCCACAUAAAAAUCACUGUGAAAAAAGUGAGAUCAUCCACUGUCUGACGCAACGGGGAGUGGAUUAUUGUAGGUGCUUUGUGUUGUGUAAUAAAUGGACACACCACCACCACCACAUAUCAUUGGUCUCAUCUCUCCCUGUGUGUUUUUAUGGAUGCGUGUUUGUGUGUUUUAGAUGGGUUCCCAUCAUGGGGGUAGUGUGACGAAGACUACUGUUGAAACUGUCAACUUCGUGAUUUUAAUGGAUUUUGACCAUUUGAACACACUCUGAACUGAUGAGAGACAGUCCUUCAAAAAUGCUGGAGAGACUUCAGAUACAGGUCCUGAGCAUGAU